AUGGUUCAGUUGCUCAAUCUUCCGGAGGAGUUGAUUUAUAGGAUUGCAGAACUCUUACCAGCACAGGAUGUAUUCAAUUUUGCAACGACUUGUUCUCAGCUCUGCGAAAACAUGGGUCGGAACAAGCAACUAUGGUUGCGUAAGUCUAACGAAGAAUGGUUCUACCUAGAGGAAUCAUAUCGCCACUGCUUUCAGAAUCUAUUACUUUUUGAGUCUGAGUGUAAUAUUGUAAACGAAGACUACAUGGAGUAUUUUGCCAAAAGAAAACGAUUGGAGAGACAGGUAAGUGAUGAUAUUGAUCGAAUGACUGAAUUAGGGUUUUCACGGGAAUAUUGGGAAAUUUUUUACAAGCACGUAUUAAAUUAUGAUAUAGUACCGUAUUUGGUGAAGAUUGACUCCAAAUAUCCGGUCACUGAGCUUAAUGCAAAAGAUAAAAUAAGCUUUUCUUUUCUCACUGCAAUGAGGCAUAACAUGGUGUUCAAGGCUAUGGAAAAAUAUUCGAGCUGUGAAGAACAUUUAGAUAGUUAUGAGAACCAAUUGCUGCUGCCGUUGGCUGCUAUGGAUAGCUCCUUUUUCUCUUUAAUCGAUAAAAGAAUCUUAUUCUAUAAUAAAUGUCACCGAUUGCUGAAUAGAAAGAUGAAGAACUUAGAAAAGAUCAAGAAGAUAUCUCCUACUCUUGUGGUGAAGCAAGCCAUUGAAACCCUCAUGCGUGUGAUGGAAGAAACCUACUUGCUCAAGGAGUCUCAACAGGGAACCAUUGAAGAGUAUUUUCUUCCAAGAGUAUACUCGGGGGAAUCAGACCCUAAUGAAUUAAUAAUCAUAUGCAUCCUCCAGGAAUUUGCAAGGCAGCUAGAUAUCAAAAUUACUGUCGCUAACGGUGCACUAGUAAUACCAGAUUCACUCUCACCUCAAGGUGUCACAUACCUUAUUCUAAGAAAGAAAACGUAUCAUCAAUUUGAAUAUCAGUUUUUGACUGAAGCUACUUUCAAGGAUUUGAUUAAUGAUAUGAACGGUGUUCAAGAUGGGGGUGCCAUUGUAGAUUUUGAAACAGCAACAAUGAAAUUAUCUGCAAGAGAUAUUUAUACAGAGUUUUUAAUGUACAUUUCUCAGUCGGAAGAAUCCGCAGUUGUAAGAUACAAUGAGAUAUGCCAGGACCCAAAGCUAUCAUCAGCCACAUACCCAAUAUCCAAAUUCGGAAUUGAUCCAGAUGAAAUAUCAUUUUUUGGGACAUUUAGGAAGGUUUGUCAAUUGUAUGAAACAAGAGAUAUUAGACGCCAUGACUUCGAUGUCAUAGAGAGAAAAUUUCGGCGAUCGAUGUUUCGUUGGUACCCUAUGGACCUAGCGAUUAAUUUCCAUUCAAUAAAAACAGAUAGAACGAAAGAGGAUUUCCUAUCUACAUCUUUGCAGCAGUAUCUUUUUGAACCCUAUUCGGUGCCGCUUAGAAGAAAUGAAAUAAUAGGCAAAUUCGUCAAACGUAACGAAAAUGAUCACCCGAGCCUCGUAACGAAUUAUGAUAUAAGAAGUGAAAGAGACUGUUUUGAGCUUCUUGCGCACGAUGGGAAAAAAUAUGUUUUAUUUGCCGAAGUGGACUCACUAUCAAUUGUUCACUACAAUGUAGACGACCCAGAAUAUCAUGAAUUUCUCACCAUUAACAAAAAGCAGAGACUUGAUUACUUGUUCAGACAAACAUCCACCGAAGAUAAUGUUCUUGUUCUACAACUCAUGGAUAAGUUACAUACGUAA